AUGACCUUAAAAAGAGGACAAACUCUUCACUUCUUCUAUCUUGUGGAAAAAUUUCUGCAUGAUUUUAUUCAGAAGGACGCAAAAUUUGUUGUAGUUUUUUUUAAGGAUGCCGGAAAUUUAUACAUUAAAUCCCCCGGACUCCAGGCCCUUCGUACCACACUGAUUCAACAUUUAGAGAAAAAUACUGAUGUCACGAUUCGUACAGAAUUUUCCAAUUGCCUGUCUCCAGAAUGGGAAAUAUUUCUUACAGAAUGUUAUCCGUUUUACCUAAUUGUCUUAGAAAAGGGACUAACACCUCAUCAAACAGAUUUUUUACACAUUUUUAUCCUUCAUGCUCUUCAGAAGAAAAUCAAUAUUGUACUACCUUUGGGAUUGGAGUCAGAUGUCCUGAGAAUUUAUGGAUUUUGUGCCUCUAGUAGCUAUUUGCACCAAGCAUAUUUUGCAAAGCAUAAGAAACAACUACAUGCCUUACACGACCGCAUAAUAGACUAUUGCCAAAAGUCACAGGAAACAGAAAUACUUCUGUAUGAUCAUAUGAAACUAAAUUUGGAAGACUUGCAGAAAGAGAUACAUGAAACCUUGUCCUUACUUCAGAACCUGUGGCCAGAAGUAGCUGAUAUAAGAUGUAUAGUCUGUGCUGUUUCAUGCUCUGUGACACUUAAAUUCUAUGAAAAAAUGCUACUUGAUGCACAAGACUAUGAAAACCUAAACACAAACACAGAAAAUGACAGCACCCAGGACUUGAAGGAAAUACCAACACUAUGUGAAGUAGCAGAUCUUUGCAGAAUGCACUGCCUUAGUGUUAUUUUCCUUCAACAGUUACCUCUGUCUCAAAGAGCUAAGAGUAGGGUCAUUACCUGUGUUUGGGAUAGAAAGCUUACACCAUUUCUAGAAAUGCUAAUGAAAAAUAGAUUUUUCAUCCUAAAGCAAUUAAAGGUUAAAGAUGAUUGGAAAGUGGAUUUUGGUGGCCUACCUGACUUAACUGAUAAUAUGUUAUGGAAAAACAUUGCUUAUUACUAUGAAGUUGAAUAUACAAGAGGAACAAACUUGGAAAUGGGUGACACUUUGAUGCAGGAAUAUGUGAAGUUGUGGGACAUAAUUGUGACACUAUCAGAGAUUGACAAUGUUGGUGAAGCCAUUCCUGUGAGAAUAACAUCCAGACCGUUUCUUACACAGAAAGGAUUGUCUAGAGGGUCAAAACAAGAAAUUCGUCAAUCAGAACUCAUUCCUCUGAAAUCUGAGCUUGUAGUAGAUUUUGCUGGAGAUGUUUUGUCAAAAUUAUCUUUCCUAAACAGUGAUGACAUGGCUCUUCUAGAUCUUUCUAGAAGAGAAUUUGAUGACUGCAGACACUGGCGUUCUUUUAAACCUCUCAGUGAUGAAUUUGAAAGGACCAAGUGCAUCAGUAGUGGUAAACAAACUAAUAUUAAGAAACAUUUUCAGCAUUCUCAUUUAAGAAUUGUAUCGUGUCUAUAA